GAGUCUUUAGAAAAGCAUCCAAUGAAGAGCCUUGUCUUUUAGAAAAGAUAAAAUAUUCACCCCCACUAAGUCGAGCUAAGAGUUAAACUGAAGAGUGUUGAAGCAUGCCAAAUCUCCUCCUAAAAGUCCACCUUGUCAAGAACCAACCCAACUUUUGCACCUUGUUCAUUUCCUUUGCGUUUCUACUCUGAUCAUCAGUUGUUUGUUCCUGAGAUCAUGGCAUUAGCCGUGGUAGGUGGUGCUCUUCUCUCUGCUUUCCUUGACGUUCUUUUUGACAGGCUAGCUUCCCCUGAGCUUGUCAGCCUGAUCCGUGGAAAGAAACCUGACAAGUUGCUUCGAAAGGUGGAGAACCAGCUGAUAGUCCUUAGAGUUGUGCUUGCUGAUGCUGAGAAUCGACAAGUCACAGACUCCAAUGUCAAAAAGUGGCUCGAUGUUCUCAGAGAUAUUGUCUAUGAGGUUGAUGACUUACUUGAUGAAAUUUCUACUAAAGCUGCUACUCGAAAGGAGGUAAGCAAUUCCUUUUCUCAUAUUUUCAAUAGGAAAAGGAUUGUUAGUAUUAAUAAGUUGGAGGACAUAGCUGAAAGAUUAGAUGACAUUUUAAAACAAAAGGAGAGUCUUAAUUUGAAGGAGAUUCCGGUGGAAAGCAACCAGCCAUGGAAAGAUCAGCCAACAUCUUUGCAAGACAGAUAUGGUAUGUACGGUAGGGAUAAAGACAAGGAGGCCAUAAUGAAGCUGGUAUUAGAGGAUAACACUGAUGGUGAAGAAGUGUCCGUGAUCCCUAUUGUAGGCAUGGGUGGGGUUGGAAAAACCACUUUGGCCCGAUCUGUGUACAACGAUGGAAAAUUGAAGCAGAUAUUUGAUUUAAAGACAUGGGUUUGUGUUUCUGAUAUAUUUGAUACUCUGAAGGUCACAAAAACUAUGAUGGAGGAAAUUACCAAGAUGCCUUGUAAUUUCAAUGAUCUAAAUUUACUUCAACUUGAAUUGAUGGACAAGCUGAAAGGUAAAAGAUUCUUGAUUGUUUUGGAUGAUGUUUGGAUUGAGAACUGUGAUGGUUGGAAUAGUCUUACAAAACCAUUUCUAAGUGGGAUUAGGGGAAGUAAAGUUCUCGUGACAACCCGCAACGAAAGUGUAGCGGCUGUAAUCCCUUUUCAUGUUGUUAAAGUAUAUCAUCUAAACCAAUUGUCAAAUGAAGAUUGUUGGUUGGUGUUUGCAAAUCAUGCAUUUCCUCUUUCAGAAGGUAGUGAAAAUAGAGGAACUCUAGAAAAGAUUGGAAAGGAAAUUGUUAAAAAGUGUAAUGGCUUGCCUUUAGCUGCACAGUCUCUGGGAGGAAUGUUGAGAAGAAAGCACGAAAUCAAGGAUUGGAAUGAUGUACUUGAAAGUGACAUUUGGGAACUUCCCGAAAGUCAGUGUAAGAUUAUUCCAGCACUCAGAAUUAGUUAUAAUUAUCUCCCCUCACAAUUAAAACGGUGCUUUGUUUAUUGCUCAUUGUACCCUAAGAAAGAUUAUGAAUUUGAAAAAGAUGAACUGAUCCAGCUGUGGAUGGCUGAAGAUCUUGUAAAAGCAGCGAAAAAAGGAAAGACUUUAGAAGAAGUUGGUCAAGAGUAUUUUGAGGAUUUGGUUUCGAGAUGCUUUUUUCAAUCUUCAAGUCGGCGUGGGGGUGAUUACUUUGUAAUGCACGACUUCAUUCAUGAUCUAGCAACAUUUCUUGGUGGGGACUUCUAUUUCAGAACAGAUGAACUUGGGAAAGAAACCAAUAUAGACAGAAAGACUCGGCAUUUGUCAUUAACAAGAUUCAGUGAUCCAGUCUCGGAUAUUGAAGCUUUUGACACAGUAAAAUUUCCUAGAACUUUCUUGCUAAUCGAUUAUAAAGAUUCCCCAUUCAACAACGAUAAGGCACCGAGUAUUAUAGUGUCAAGGCUUAAGUACUUGAGAGUUUUAUCGCUUUGGAAAUUCCGAAGUCAACUUGCUCUGCCUGAUUCCGUUGGUGAAUUGAUACAUUUGCGUUAUCUAAAUCUCUCUCGUACAAGUAUAGAAACUCUGCCGGAGUCACUGUGUAAUCUGUGCAAUCUACAGACUUUGAAGUUGUCUUAUUGCUCUGAGCUGACUAAGUUGCCUAGUUCCAUGCAAAAUCUUGUAAACUUGCGUCAUCUUGAAAUUGUUGAUACUCCCAUAAAAGAGAUGCCUAAAAGAAUGGGGAAACUGAAUCAAUUACGCACCUUGGAUUGUUAUGUUGUGGGCAAGCAUAUAGAGAAUAGCAUCAAAGAACUGGGAGGACUUCAAAAUCUCCAUGGUAGGUUUUAUAUUAAGAAAUUAGAGAAUGUUACCAAAGGCGAAGAAGCAUUAGAGGCCAGGAUAAUGGAUAAGAAUCAUAUUAGCCAUCUACACUUGGUAUGGUCUAUAGCUAAUGACAAUAGCAUCGACUUCCAAGUUGAGUUAGAUGUACUCAGCAAGUUAGAACCUCACCAAGAUCUGGAAGCGUUGUCCAUAAUCCGUUAUAAAGGAACCAGAUUUCCGGAAUGGGUGGGGAAUUUUUCCUACCUCUACAUGACAAGUAUAGGUUUAUAUAAUUGUAACAACUGUUGCAUGCUUCCUUCACUUGGGCAACUACCGUCUCUCAGGAACCUUCGUAUUUCAAACAUGAACUCGGUGAAGACUAUUGAUGCAGGCUUUUAUAAGAAGGAUGAUUGUUCAUCUGUGACUCCCUUUCCAUCCCUUGAAUAUCUACUCAUUUAUAAUAUGCCUGGUUGGGAGGUGUGGAAUUCUUUUGAUUCAGAAGCUUUUCCUGUGCUCAAGAAUCUGUGUAUAGAAAACUGCCCCAAACUAAAGGGAGAUCUGCCAAAUCACCUUCCUGCUCUGCAAACACUCGGGAUUAGAAAUUGCGAGCUUCUUGUCUCUUCUGUCCCAGGGCCUCUCAGCCUUCGGACAGUAGAGAUACAUAAAUGCAAGAAAGUAGCGUUUCGUGAGUUUCCUCUUUUGGUGAAAAGUAUAGAAGCGGAAGGAGGCCCAAUGGUGGAGUCCAUGAUGGAGGCCAUAUCUAACAUCCAACCUACUUGCCUUCAAACUUUGAAAUUACAAAAUUGUUCGUCAGACAUAUCUUUUAGAGGUGGUCUUCCUACGUCUUUGAAAACUCUUGAUAUCAGAGGUAUAAACAAACUGAAAUUCCCGUUGCAACACAAACACGAAUUACUGGAAUCACUUUUAAUAAUUAAUAGUUGUGAUUCGCUCACGUCCCUUCCAUUGGCUAUCUUCCCAAAUCUCACUAGUCUUCAAAUCACAAACUGUGAAAAUAUGGAAUCACUUUUGGUCUCAGGGUCAGAGAUUUCGAAGAGACUGAACACUUUUGCGAUUGACCACUGUCCCAACUUUGUAUCAUUCCCGGGAGAAGGAUUGUGUAUGCCCAAUUUGACUCGUUUCAAUGUUUAUAAUUGUGAAAACUUGAAGUCGUUGCCAGAUCAGAUGGGAACUCUUGUUCCAAAGAUGGAAUAUCUUAAAAUAUCCAACUGUCAACAAAUUGAGUCAUUCCCUGGAGGAGGUAUGCCACCUAACUUGAAAACAGUUGAGAUCAGAAAUUGUGAGAAACUAUUAAGGGGCCUAGGAUGGAAAUCGAUGGACAUGGUUACCUCUCUCAUUGUGUGCGGUCCAUGUGAUGGCAUCAAAUCCUUCACAAAGGAGAGUUUGCUGCCUCCCUCCCUUGUGUCUCUGGAUCUAAUUGAUUUGUCUAGUCUGGAAACGUUGGAUUGCAAGGGCCUUCUCCAUCUCACAUCACUCCAACAAUUAAACAUUGAAUGGUGUCAAAAGCUGGAGAAUAUUGCGGGAGAAAAGCUGCCUCUCUCUCUAAUAAAAUUAACGAUAUAUGGAUGUCCCUUGCUGAAACAACGAUGCCACAAAAAGGACCGUCAAAUUUGGCCUAAAAUCUGCCAUGUCCGUGGGAUAAAGAUUGCCGGUAGAUAUAUUUAAAGAGCAUGGAUGAUGAGAAGAUGAAGAUGGCAGACUGGCUGAUAUAAGGGGAGAGGGGGCAAUGAAAAAUCGAAGAGAAUAGCACUGAUCAAUGACAGUGUCAAGAGAAUAGCACCGAAAAAACAUCAGCAUGCAGGAACUAAGUCAUGAGGGCUGGGAUAGGUAAUAACUAAAAGUCGCAGAGAUCAUCCCAGCGUUACAGCUCCUAUUUUGCAUAUAACACCCACGUAUACUGAACAAUAACUGAAAAGUUAUGUCAUGCUUCACACUAUUGCUCUGCUAUCUGUUUCUACAUAUUUGAAGUUUUACCUUUUUUUAUGAAUAUUAUGUUCCAGCAAACUAUAUACUUCCCAUUCUGUGAUUAUCUUUUCAAAAAUGGAUUUAGAACUAAUUCUAAGGUGAGAUUUAUAUU